UUAACACGCGUCCAUCAAGUCUUUCCUGACCGUGUGCGCGGACACCGAGGACGAGAAGAGGAGAGAGUGUCGCUUCGUUACGUGUGCUUCAUUUAAAAGGUGGUUUUCGGAGGGUUCGAGGAGAACCGUUUGAGCACAGAAGCCGAACAGGGAGGUUUUUGGGAUGCUGCUUCGCUCCGUGCUGUGCGUCCUGAGCUGCGCGUGGCUGCACAGCGGAGCGGCCUCGCGCCUCAAGUCUCCAUCUCUGCCCAUCCAGCCGGAGCGCGAGCCGCUGCCCUCCAAAGGACUGUCAGGAUGUUCUUUUGGCGGUCAGUUCUACUCUCUUGAAGACACGUGGCACCCAGAUCUCGGGGAACCUUUUGGCAUUAUGCACUGUGUCCAGUGCCACUGUGAACCUCAAAAGAGUCGCCGUGGAAAAGUGUUUGGGAAGGUGAACUGUAAGAACAUCAAACAGGACUGUCCACAGCUUGAGUGUGACCAUCCCAUCCUGCUGCCCGGUCACUGCUGUAAAACCUGCCCAAAAGGCGAUGAUGACAGGAGGCAGACACAGCCUGCGCUGGACAGCUUUGAGUAUUUCCACCAGAAGAGCAGAGACAAAGAGAAAGACGACGACCUCCACAAAUCUUACAAUGAUCGGUCGUACUUGAGCUCAGAGGACGUGGGCCCCGGGGAGAGCCGUACCGACUUUGUUGCGGUGUUGACUGGAGUAACUGACUCAUGGCUGCCCAGCUCCAGUGGUGUUGCCCGAGCUCGCUUUUCUCUAACCAGGACUAGCCUUUCCUUUUCGAUUACAUAUCAGAGAAUGGACCGUCCAAGUAAAAUAACAUUCCUGGAUUUGGAUGGGACAACUGUUUUUGAGUACAGAGUCCCCAAAGGAAAGACAGACAUGAUUUGUGGAGUGUGGAGAAACCUGUCCAAGGCUCUGCUGCGACAGCUGCAGUCCGAGCAGAUGCGCAUCAGCAUGAGCACAUUAAUGAGCAGCCCAGAAGAGGUGGAGGGGAAGAUCAUCAAACACAGAGCACUGUUUGCAGAGACAUUCAGUUCCACGCUAACAUCUGAGAAAGAAAAUUCAGGCAUGGGAGGCAUCGCUAUGUUGACCCUGAGUGACACCGAGAACAACUUACACUUCAUUCUCAUCCUUCAAGGCCUGAUAAAACUAAAAGACAAAGAUUCCCUUCUGGUGCCCAUCCGGGUCCAGCUACUGUACCGCCAACACAUCCUGAGAGAGAUCCGAGCCAACAUCACCAGUCAUGAUCCAGACUUUGCUGAGGUGUUGACAAACCUGAACAGUCGAGAACUGUUCUGGCUGUCACGUGGUCAGCUGGAGAUUGCUGUGGGAACUGAGGGUCCGGAUCCUCAACAAAUCUCUGGUUUUAUCACCGGCAGGAAAUCCUGUGACACCAUUCAGAGUGUUAUGUCCAGUGGUGACGCUUUGACCCCUGGGAAGACGGGAGGUGUGGGCUCUGCCAUCUUUAACCUUCACGAUAACGGCACACUGGACUACCAGGUUGAGGUCGCGGGUCUUACCAGUGAUGUAGUUGGUCUCACUAUUGAGCUAAAGCCGCGACGGAGAAAUAAACGCUCCGUGCUGUACGAUCUCACACCAGAGUACGACAAGGCCACAGGCCGUGCGCUGGGCAGCUGGAGUCGCAUGGAGGCCCGCCACAUUCACAUGCUGUUGCAAAAUGAACUAUUCAUCAAUGUGGCGACGGCCCACAACCAGGAUGGAGAGCUAAGAGGGCAGAUCAAGGCUCUGCUCUACAGCGGCCUGGAGGCACCCAGACAUGACUUCCCCGUCCUCCUGGCUGGUCAGUUUGUGUCCCCACCCGUGGGAACAGGAGCCUCUGGCCACGCCUGGGUGGCAGUGGACAAACAUUGUCACCUUCAUUAUGAGAUUAUUGUUUCCGGUCUCAGCAAGACUGACGACCUCAGCGUGAACGCUCACCUCCACGGACUGGCUGAGAUUGGAGAGAUGGAUGACACCAGCAUGACUCACAAGAGGCUGCUGACUGGCUUCUAUGGCUCACAGGCACAGGGAGUGUUAAAAGACAUCAGCAUUGAAUUACUGCAACACCUGGACCAGGGAACUGCCUUCAUCCAGGUCAGCACCAAGCUGAACCCCCGAGGAGAAAUACGUGGAAUGGUCCAUGUCCCAAACUCCUGUGAGUCAGGCAGCCGAGCGAAUGUGGAUGACACUGAGUUUGAUGACCUUUUUGUGAAGGACCCCGAGGCGCUGAAAAAAGACCCACAUACCUGCUUCUUUGAGAACCAGUACCACGCUCACGGCUCCCGCUGGACCCCCAACUAUGACAAGUGUUUCUCAUGCGGCUGCCAGAAGCGAACGGUGAUCUGUGAUCCGGUUAUCUGCCCGUCGUUGACAUGCUCCAGAACUGUCCACCCUGAGGACAAGUGCUGCCCGAUCUGUGACGAGAGGAAAGAGCCGAAGGACCUGAAAGCUGUAGGGAGGGUUGAUGAACACCUUGAAGGUUGUUAUUUUGAAGGAGAUCAGAAGAUGCAUGCUCCAGGAACCACAUGGCAUCCAUUUGUGCCUCCCUUUGGUUACAUUAAGUGUGCUGUCUGCACUUGCAAAGGGUCAACAGGUGAGGUACACUGUGAGAAGGUGACGUGUCCUGUGCUGACCUGCAGUCACCCGGUGAGACGUAGUCCCUCUGACUGCUGUAAGGAGUGUCCGGAUGAGGACAGGGGCCCUGCAGGCUUCGAACACAGUGACAUGAUGCAAGCUGACAGCCCCCGACACUGCAAGUUUGGCAAGAACUAUUACCAUAACAGUGACAACUGGCACCCCUGGGUUCCGCUGGUCGGGGAGAUGAAGUGCAUCAACUGCUGGUGUGAUCACGGUGUCACUAAGUGUCAGAGGAAGCAGUGCCCAAUAAUAACAUGCACCAACAUCACUCGCAGAGAAGGCUCAUGCUGUCCCGAAUGCCUCGAGGAAGACGAUCAGACCAUGAAGCCUGCAGACAAAAGGCGAAGCUGGAGACACUGAUGACAAAAAAACUCCAACCCAGUGACCCAUUUAACCCACGGUCCCAAUCCAGAGCUGUGCCCUGGGGUAGGACACCCCCUCCCUCCCUCACCUCCUCACCCACCUUGUUAUCAGCUUCAGGAUUGUAAUGGACAGAGAAGAGCAGAAAAGGCACCAUUGUUAAAAAAAAAAUCAGAAAGACUCAUGAAAGGAUGAAGCUAUGACGAUCCUGAUCUUAACAAAAAUGGCUGCCUUCUGCUUCUUGUUUCCGUCUCUGCUGGAAUUUCAUUUUUUGCUAAACAUUUAAACUUUUGUUUUUCAGCGCAGCUCAACUGGACGUACGGCAUAAACAUAGCUAGUCGAACAGCAGACUGCCUUGGAUUGUUUUGGUGUUGAUCGAGGUCUGUCUUUGUCUUUUUGAGUGAGAAACAUUUGUUUUUUUAAUUCACUGUCACGUUCUAUUUUUUGGAGCCACGGCUGCUGUCGCUCUCACUGGAGCCAGUCAGCAAAGGAAAGGAAAAAAAUUUCAUUUUACUCAACCGAUAAGAAAACCUGUUGGGUUAACGGGUGUCAUGUUUCAGACUCUGUAACAGGAAGCUUCAGCUUCUUCUUCCUGUUGAUUUUGUUGCUUUGCUGCAGUGGAUGUGCCUGUUUUUUAUGAAGUAAUAUUUUAUGGAUUUCUAUCAGUGUUGUUUAAGGAUAUGAAACUGUUUGUAUUUUGUAUUUAUUGAAUGGAGUGGAGAGAAAAUAAAAAAAAGUUU